CACUUUUUCGCCCACUUGUCAGAGUUGCCGUUGGAAGUUCAUCUAUCUAUUUUUCACAAGCUCGCCAGUGUUCCAUUCGCCGCCGUCGUAGCAGUUUCACCUCUCGGCAGCGAACGGCGGACGCCGCUCCUUCACAUCUCUCGGUACUGUCCGAUUAAUCUCACGGCGCCACUCGCGCAGAUUCACAGUCAAAAUACAGCUAUAUUGGGAAAAGUGUAGAUGACAAGGUUGGUGAAGAGUUUUUAUGGAUGCAGAACCAGACGACAUUACCGGGCUGUUCCCAAUCCGGCCUCCAAAGAAUUUGAAAUCAUCCAGUUUUGCAAUUCAGGCCAUAUCUCCAAAGCCCUUAAGCUCCUCAGCUCUCUGGACCUGACAGACAUCAUAAAUGUGAAACCAGUCCUGUAUGCUACCCUUGUACAAGGGUGUGCGAAAACUGGCUCUUUCACCGUUGGUCUCCAGUUGCAGGCCCGUGUGAUCAAGGCAGGCCUUGACACUGACCGGUUUGUUGGCAACAACCUCCUUUCUCUCUAUUUCAAGCUUGGAAGAAAUUUCUCUGAAACCAGACGCCUUUUUGAUGGGUUAGUCUACAAGGAUGUUGUUUCUUGGUCAUCAAUCAUAUCAGGUUAUAUUAGGGCGGGCAAGCCUCACCUUUCGCUUGUGUUGUAUGAGGAAAUGGUGGAUUUUGGGGUUGAGCCAAAUGCAUUUACUUUAUCUACUGCGAUCAAGGCUUGUUCGGAGCUCCGGGAGUUGAGACUUGGGCAGUGCUUCCAUGGGUCUGUGAUUACACGUGGCUUUUAUGAUAAUUAUGUUAUAUUUAGUGGAUUGAUUGAUAUGUAUGGGAAGAAUUACAAACCGGGUGAUGCACUGAAGUUGUUCGAUGAAAUUCCCAUUCUUGAUGAUAUUUGUUGGACCUCAAUGAUUUCAGCCCUUACUAAAAAUGAUUUGUUUAGGGAAGCUUUAGAAAUCUUCCACUCAGAGCACAGGAAACAGAAGCUGCUUCCAGGUACCCAUACAUUUGGAAGUGUUUUGACUGCUGUGGGAAAUUUAGGUAUGUUGAAAGAAGGAAAACAAGUGCACGCAAAGGUUCUUGCUCAUGGGAUAUGUGGUGAUGUUUAUGUUAAUAGCUGUUUAGUGGAUAUGUAUGCCAAAUGUGGGCUUAUGAACGAGUCUCACCGGGUUUUUGACAGCAUGGAUAAGAGGAAUUCAGUUUCUUGGUGUGCCUUGCUAACCGGGUAUUGCCACCAAGGUGAGUAUGAUAAAGUUAUUGACUUAUUUAAGAUGAUGGAUGAGGUUGAGCUUCAUGCUUUUGGAACUGUAAUCCGUGCCUGUUCAGGAUUGGCUGCUUUGAAACUAGGGAAGGAAGUUCAUUGCCAGUUCUUAAGGCGAGGUGGAUUCAUGGACAUUGUAGUCGAAUCUGCACUAGUUGAUCUUUAUGCAAAAUGUGGAUGUUUUGGUGCUGCACAUAACGUAUUCACAAGAAUGGAUGUUAGGAAUGUGGUUUCUUGGAACUCCAUGAUAUCUGGGUUUGCACAGAAUGGCAGAGGAGAGGAAGCUAUUAAAACUUUUAACAAUAUGAUUGGGGAAGGGUUCAAGCCCGAUUAUAUCACUUUCGUUUCUGUUCUUUCUGCUUGUAGUCAUAGUGGAUUUGUGGACAUGGGACGCAAGUAUUUCUGUUCUAUGAUGAAUGAUUAUGGGAUUAAAGCCAGGCUUGAGCAUUAUGGCUGCAUGAUUGAUCUUCUAUGUCGUGCCGGGGAACUAGAAGAAGCAGAGUGUUUGAUUAACAGGUCAGAGUUCAAAAGUGAUCCAUCUCUUUGGAUUUGCCUGCUUGGAGCUUGUAGCAGUACCACAGAUCCAAUUGUCGCAGAGAGAAUAUCAAAGAGAACAAUUGAAUUGAAGCCCGAUUACCAUAUGAGUUAUGUGUAUCUGGGUAAUGUGUACAAAGCAACUGGACGGUGGGACGAUGCUCUCAAGAUUCGGCGUAAGAUGCAACAGAAAAGGGUGAUAAAGGUUCCUGGAAAGAGUUGGGUUGAGUCUAACGAAAACCUAGGCCACUUCCCUUACUAUCGUUCAGAGCAAAAUAACCCAGAACUUCUAAACUCAAAGGCCUAGAACCGGUAUAGUGUUUGUUUGUUUGUGUUUGUAAUUUCAAGCCACUUUUAUUAAAAAAAUUUGGUUUUUCUAUUCGCACGCUCAAAAUGGAUUCUUGCUAAGACAUAUAUUAUGAAGCAUGCUAUGUAAAAACCAGCUUGACAUUCCACAGUUUUUAAUUUUUCUAAGUGUACACUUUUAAGGGACAUGAUAUGUGUUUUUUUGGUGAUGAUGCAUAUCUUGCUGCAGCUCUGGCAAGGAGCAAGCAAACAGUGCAUGGGAAGAAUCUUAGCAUUUUGAAGCCAGAUCCUCAACAAUCAGCAGAAGAGUGGAAAAUGAAUGCCACCAAAGUGUGAGUUUCGAUUCAACAAUGUACCAAUGGAUGUAGAGUUUCAGUUAAGCUAAGCUUGGAAAGCAAAAAUGGUAGUGGAAGGAGAAAAUAUCAUACAAAGGGAAAAAGUGGGUUGGAUUUUGCAAGACCUUACAAGAUAAUGCCAACAAAAAAUGAUGCACAUUGGUAUUCAGGCAGACCGAAAGAGAAGAAACCGUCCGAAGCAAAAUAUAAUAGAGUGAUGGUU